UGUGAUACCAACUACGAUUGAAUUCGGACAGCAUGUUUGCAUGGAAAAGGGUGCUCAGGCAAAUAUUUAGCUAGAGAAAAAAUGAAUUGGUCAUUACGUGUGCGAAAUAUUAUUUAGGCUAUUCUGGAUUACAGAGACGGCAUUCUAACGCAAGAUAAAUAAUUAAAGCGGUAAUAGCUACAGCGGAUUAAUAUUGUUAGCUUGAGUGGUUGGCUAGCUAGUUAGACAUCGGGACUACUAAAUCAACAUGGCAUUGUAGCCUAUCGGAUAUUUCAACCUUCCAUAUGUCAUGUCAUGUGGAUACAACGUUACAUUGAUGUUGAUGUCUCAUUGAUUGAACUGAACGAGAGAGAGAGAGAGAAUGUAUCCCGAGACAACCACAGAGACAAGCAGAGGAAUCUGAAUCGACAUAAUCCAUCUGCAGCGGGGCGUCGGGACGAAUGGUGAUGAUGGCUUCGUGGCGAUGGACAGCAGUUCUCAUCUGUUUACAAUGGGGUGAGUCAUUUCUCAGAACGCUGUCUAACCUAGCUACUAUGCCUACCUGCUAAUGUUUCAUACAACAUGCCCUUAAACCGUGUGCCAUCUGUCAAUUGGUGAGGUAACAUGUUGUCCCUUCGCAGCCUGGCAUAUGGUCUGAUUUAAUUAUCGUAUUAUUGCAUGCAUUGGAUAUCAGUAAAGAGCAUUCGAAGAGAUCUGUGUUCGUCAUCUGACAUGUAGAGGGUGUUUUUUUCUACAACUCGCUCUAAGCCGGACAUUUAUUAGUGGUGAUGCACUUACCGCCCAGUCUCCUAUUGCACUAGUCUCUCUCUCUCUCUCUCUCUCUCUCUCGUUCUCUCUCUCUCAGCAAGGGAAUUACAUCUACAAAUGAAACAUGAGCUGAGAUGGCUCUCACAGAAUAACAUAAUCAUUUGAUGACAUUUUUUUUUAUCUACUGUACUACCCAGGCUGAAUACAGACAUACAGACAGACUUACAGACAGACGUACAGACAGACUCACAGAUAGUGCUGGCUGUGACCAUUCCAUGCAUCCAUCUCCUGGCCAUAUUAUAGCCUACUGUGCUCCCAGGCUGAAUACAGACAAACUGUAUUAGGCCUAUAUGCAGACAGCCAGAACUGGGGGAAGUGACUGCACCUCAGUACCAACAUAUACAGUCAGUCUCUGCUCCAGACCAGCCCUAUCAGUCUUACAGCCUUAAUUAGAUAUCCUGAUCCCUCUUAAGCCCUGUUCUCUGUACCAGUCUCUCUACCAGCUCAUUAUCUCUAGGCCUGCUAUUUAAUUCACGCCUUUGUCAUGUCUGUUAGCCUGCACUAGAGCCUGCACCUAGUGUUAGCGACAGGCUCUGACAGGUGCCCAGGCCUGUGUUGCAACACCCCUGCACCUGUAUUUCUAGUUAUUCUGGAUCAGCUGGUGGAUAAUUUGGGCAGCGUGAGAAGGGCGUUUUCCAAUCGACCCCCAACGUUCUGCGUACCUGUGCAGGUUACCUCACUAUGUCACCUCACUACGUCAGCAUCUCCUUUAGGAGAUCGAGGCUACGUGUCAGGGUUGCUUCCAGAGUUUCAGUAUCUCACUCUGGAAGUAUGUGUUUCAUCAUCAAACAGGGACGUUUCCGUGUCUGCAUUACACCACACAUGUAAUAUAUUAGAAUAGUUUUAGGGAAUUGAAAGUGUCUACAUGGAAGUUUCUAGUUUUAGACUAGUCAGUAACUGGAACUAAAGAACGUUAUCAUUGUAGAUUAGAAAUAUACAUCUUUUGGAGAGGUCAGAGGAAGUAUAUUGACAUGACAGGAUAUGAAGUCUUGUGCUGUGAAAUAAAUAAUACUAUGAUUUUAUUGUGCAAUUAUGUGAUGUGUUUAAGCCAAUGAAGAAAACUAAAUGUAACAAUGCCUGAAACUAGAUCAAAUUCCAUCUUUCUAUAAUGGGCUAAGUAACAUAUUGAUCUUCUGUACAAUAGCCUACAUAUUGGUUCAGCCAGUCUGUCAGUGUAUUGACUGGUGGUGUGUCACUGAACAUAACAGACCUACACAGCGUGACUGACAUAUAUUCCCUUCCCUCCCUCUCUGUGCCCCUCUCCCUCUCUGUGCCCCUCUCUCUCUCUGUGCCCCUCUCCCUCUCUGUGCCCCUCUCUCUCUCUCUGUGCCCCUCUCUCUCUCUGUGCCCCUCUCUCUCUCUGUGCCCCUCUCUCUCUCUGUGCCCCUCUCUCUCUCUGUGCCCCUCUCUCUCUCUGGGCCCCUCUCUCUCUCUGUGCCCCUUUCCGCUCUCUGCCCUCUCCCUCUGGCCUCUUCCUCUCUGUGCUCCCCUUUGCCCCUCUCUAAAAUCUCUGUGCACCAUCUUCUCUCUGUGCCCUCGUUCUCCUAUCUUGCCCCUCUCUCCUCUUCCCUCUUCUCUGGCUCAUGUCUCGCUCUCUCUCCUCAUGCUCCUCUCUCUCUCUCUCUCUCUCUCUCUCUCUCUCCUCUCUCUCUCUCUCUCUCUCUCUCUCUCUCUCUCUCUCUCUCUCUCUCUCUCUCCCCAUCUCUCUUUCCCCCCUGUUUCUCUCUCCUCCAGUGUUCCAGUACGCCCUGUGUCGCGAGGUAACCCUUCCCUCCGGACCCCUAUACCGCGUGGCAGGGUUCCCCCUCUCCAUCCCCUGUGCUGUAUCAGGCUACGAGGGUUCCCGAACGCAGGACUUUGAGUGGUACCUGUACAGGGAGGACUCCCAGGGGAGACAGAUGGGUGUGAUCUCCACCAGGGACCCCGGGUUUCCUUACACACCCUUCCAGGUAGGGAGGAGUUCAAUGCAGGCUUUUUCAUAAUGAAUUAGGCCUAGAUGGUUAGGACUAGUUGGCCCUAGUUGCAAGCCAUCUAUGUUCAUUUUAAACGAAUAAAUCUGAGUUUUCUAUCAAAGUACAGUGACAGGUGGGCAUGCAUGUAUACUAGCUAUGUACCGUAUGCUUACUUAUCUAUUGGGGGUAACUUUUAGCUGUACGAGUUUAUUUAAACUCACAUCUCUGGGCCUCCCGAGUGGCACAGCGGUCUAAGGCGCUGCAUCGCAGUGUAGCGGCGUCACUACAGCCUGGGGUUCGAUCCCUGUGUCAUUACCGGCCGUGACCGGGAGUCCCAUAGGGAGGCACACAAUUGGCCCAGCGUCGUCCGGGUGAGGGGAGGGUUUGGCCCAGCGUCGUCCGGGUGAGGGGAGGGUUUGGCCCAGCGUCGUCCGGGUGAGGGGAGGGUUUGGCCCAGCGUCGUCCGGGUGAGGGGAGGGUUUGGCCCAGCGUCGUCCGGGUGAGGGGAGGGUUUGGCCCAGCGUCGUCCGGGUGAGGGGAGGGUUUGGCCCAGCGUCGUCCGGGUGAGGGGAGGGUUUGGCCCAGCGUCGUCCGGGUGAGGGGAGGGUUUGGCCCAGCGUCGUCCGGGUGAGGGGAGGGUUUGGCCGGGGGGGGCUUUACUUGGCUCAUCGUGGGUCGGGCGCCUGCAGGCUGACCUUGGUUGUCAGUUGAACAGUGUUUCCUCUGACACAUUAGCGUGGCUGGCUUCCAGGUUAAGGGGGCGGGUGAUAAUAAUAAUAAUAAUAUGCCAUUUAGCAGACGCUUUUAUCCAAAGCGACUUACAGUCGUGCGUGCAUACAUUUUUGUGUAUGGGUGGUCCCGGGGAUCGAACCCACUACCUUGGCGUUACAAGCGCCGUGCUCUACCAGCUGAGCUACAGAGGACCACUGAAGCGCGGUUUGAAUUACGAUCUUGUCUCAUCGCUGCAACUCCCCAAAGGGCUCGGGACAGGCGAAGGUCGAGUCAUGCAUCCUCCAAAGCAUGAUCCGCCAAACCGCGGUUAAGAAGCGCGGUUUGGCGGAUCAUGUUUUGGAGGACGCAUGACUCGACCUUCGCCUGUCCCGAGCCCUUUGGGGAGUUGCAGCGAUGAGACAAGAUCGUAAUCACGAAAUUGGGGAGAAAAAGGGGGGGAAAUUACAAAAAAAAAAAAAAAAAAAAACAUUACUCACAUCUCUGUUCACCAAUGGAAAAUAUCUCUUAAAUGUGUUUAUUUUGAAUAAUCGAUUAUUCUAACUUAGGGCUGCACAAUUAAUCGAAAUUGAUGUUUGCAAAAUCCUUAAAAAAAACACCAUGAAUGUAACAUUCGCAUGCAAUAAGGGUCCCUUGGUAAACUCUGACCAACACUUUGGUUCCUGUCACAACAACAUCUACUGUACCUGUCUUUGUCAUUGGUUGUCAUGCCAACACCAACCAUAGAAUUGGAAUACUAAUUAUUUCAAUGAUUCCAACAGUUCCAAGUGUACAGUUCAAAAAUCGUAAUCGCAAUAUUUGGAUUAAAAAUUAUAAUUAGAUUAUUGGCCAUAUCGUGCAGCCCUAAUCUAACUCUUUCUGUCCUUCCAGGCGCGGGUGAGGUCCGGGGACGUGAGGGUGGAGAGGGACUCGGGGGACAAGGCCAGGCUGGUGUUCCAGAGGCUACGCGCAGAUGACCAGGGUCGAUACGAGUGUUACACACCCAGCACAGACUCCAAAUACCAAGGCAACUACAGUGCCUUGGUCGCCGUCAAAGGUUGGUAGGCGUGGGCCUGUAUUCACAAAGCGUCCCAGAAGAGGAGUGCUGAAUCUGGAUCCGUUUUUCCUGUGGACAGGGAGGAACUGAUCCCAGAUCAGCACUACCUUUCUGCCCUCCUCUUCCUGGUUCCUGGUUAGGAACUGGUUUAGGCAGUCUGUGUUAUCUUGUGGACUUUGUUCUCUCUCUGACAGCUUGGUUGAGAAUGUGUCCUGCCUUGUUCUAUCACACAUCUGAUUGGCACUGGUCCCAUACUUUUCCACCCUAUCUUUACUGAUUUAGGUCUACGCUAUUCUUUAUUACUUGUAAUUACAUUUUUGCACAAUUGUAAAAAUCAUUUUUGCAUAGAAAUUCUAUUCUUAUCUACAAUCUACUAUGACCUUUCCCCAGCAAAUGAUAACGUACUUAUGAUCUGUCACCGAAGCAGUGUUCCUCUGAGUGACCCUAACCUCUAUACAUCCUUUGCUAUAGCAAAAAUCUAACAUGAAUUCAAUUUAGUAUAUAACUAACCUCUACGAUACUUAUGUAUGUGUUUAUAUGUCCUAUCAUAUCUAUAUCUCUAUAGAGGCUGUCAUGUCGUAUGUAAGGUCUCUCGUCUCGUCCUUGCUCCAGGUGUAUCCGGCAAUCUUAAAGGGGCGAUUGGUUUUGGGAGUGGUUGGGGGGGAGGAUGGUGAGGGCUGGAGGGGAAAAAAGAGAGGAAUGCAGAGGAAGAGCAGUGAGAAAGAGGAGCAGUAAGGGGAGGACUCGGCGAUAGAUAAAUCCGAGUUAGUAAGGCUCUAGGAAUUUUCGCGAUCUUUUCGAUAGUCUGCUCGAUAGUCAUUCUCUCUUGCUAUUUGAUCUUCAGCUCUCUCUCUCUUUUAUCUAUCUUCUAACAGUUGUGUCCCAAAACACUCUCCGAUUAGCUUUCUCCGCUUCUAAAAUGGCCAACCUGUGCCAGAGGGGGGCGGAGAUAAAAAUUCACUGCUCCGCCGGCGUCCAAUCAAAACAGCACACCCACCUGUCCAUCACAUUCGGCGUGCGUGGCGGUGGUAGCGGGACCGGGUCGGGGUCAAGCUCAGGGACACCGAGAGAAAUCAUAGCUAUCGAUAAAGAACUGGGCCUGACUCCUGGCCGAGGGGAGUCCUACCAGAAGAGAUAUGAUGAUGGAGAGAUAACGCUGGUGAAGAAGAGUGGAGAUGGAGGGAGAGAUGUCUAUGUGAUGAGGGUGAGUGCCGUGGCCCCGGAGGACUCAGGGGCCUACUUCUGUGAGGCGUCACAGUGGAUCCUGGACCCUGAUGGAGCGUGGCAGAAGAUCGCUCAGAGGACCCUGGAGAUUGGCAACCUCACGGUUCAACCACUAGGUACGUCACUGUCUGUCUGUGGAGUGUGAGGGGGUUGUUCAGAGAAAAGAGAUGUUAGGACACUGUCUGUCUGUGGAGUGUGGGGGGUUGUUCAGAGAACAUUUACAUUACAUUUUAGUCAUUUAGCAGACGCUCUUAUCCAGAGCGACUUACAGGAGCAAUUAGGGUUAAGUGCCUUGCUCAAGGGCACAUUUACGUCAUUUAGCAGACGCUCUUAUCCAGAGCGACUUACAAAUUGGUGCAUUCACCCUAUAGCCAGUGGGAUAACCACUUUACAAUUAUUAUUAUUUUUAUUUUUUUUGGGGGUGGGGGGGGGGGGGGGUGGAAGGAUUACUUUAUCCUAUCCCAGGUAUUCUUUAAAGAGGUGGGGUUUCAAAUGUCUCCGGAAGGUGGUGAGUGACUCCGCUGUCCUGGCGUCGUGAGGGAGCUUGUUCCACCAUUGGGGGUGCCAGAGCAAGCGAACAGUUUUGACUGGGCUGAGCGGGGAACUAUGCUUCCGCAGAGGAAGGGGAGCCAGCAGGCCAGAGGUGGAUGAACGCAAUGCCCUCGUUUGGGUUGUAGGGACUGAUCAGAGCCCGAAGGUACAGAGGUGCCGUUCCCCUCACUGCUCCAUAGGCAAGCACCAUGGUCUUGUAACGGAUGCGAGCUUCAACUGGAAGCCAGUGGAGUGUGCGGAGGAGGGGGGGGGGGUGACGUGAGAGAACUUGGGAAGGUUGAACACCAGACGGGCUGCGGCAUUCUGGAUGAGUUGUAGGGGUUUAAUGGCACAGGCAGGGAGGCCAGCCAACAGCGAGUUGCAGUAAUCCAGACGGGAGAUGACAAGUGCCUGGAUUAGGACCUGUGCCGCUUCCUGUGUAAGGCAGGGUCGUACUCUCCGAAUGUUGUAGAGCAUGAACCUGCAGGAUCGGGUCACCGCCUUGAUGUUAGCGGAGAACGACAGGGUGUUGUCCAGGGUCACGCCAAGGCUCUUCGCACUCUGGGAGGAGGACACAACGGAGUUGUCAAACCGUGAUGGCGAGAUCAUGGAACGGGCAGUCCUUCCCCGGGAGGAAGAGCAGCUCCGUCUUGCCAGGGUUCAGCUUGAGGUGGUGAUCCGUCAUCCAUACUGAUAUGUCUGCCAGACAUGCAGAGAUGCGAUUCGCCACCUGGUUAUCAGAAGGGGGAAAGGAGAAGAUUAGUUGUGGUAUCGUCAGCGUAGCAAUGAUAGGAGAGGCCAUGUGAGGAUAUGACAGAGCCAAGUGACUUGGUGUAUAGGGAGAAUAGGAGAGGGCCUAGAACUGAGCCCUGGGGGACACCAGUGGUGAGAGCACGUGGUGCGGGAGACAGCUUCUCGCCACGCCACUUGGUAGGAGCGACCGGUCAGGUAGGACGCAAUCCAGGAGUGAGCCGCGCCAGGAGAUGCCCAGCUCGGAGAGGGUGGAGAGGAGGAUCUGAUGGUUCACAGUAUCAAAAGGCAGCAGACAGGUCUAGAAGGACAAGAGCAGAGAAGAGAGAGUUAGCUUUAGCAGUGCGGAGAGCUCCGUGACAACAGAGAAGAGCAGUCUCAGUUGAAUGACCAGUCCUGAAACCUGACUGGUUUGGAUCAAGAAGGUCAUCUGAGAGAGAUAGCAAGAGAGUUGGCUAAAGACGGCAACGCUCAAUAGUUUUGGAAAGAAAAGAAAGAAAGGGAUACUGGUCUGUAGUUGUUGACAUCAGUGGGAUCGAGUGUUGGUUUUUUGAGAAGGGGUGCAACUCUCGCUCUCUUGAAGAAAAGAGAAAAGAGAUGUUAGGACACUGGUCUGUCUGUGGAGUGUGGGGGGUUGUUCAGAGAAAAGAGAUGUUAGGACACUGUCUGUCUGUGGAGUGUGUGGGGUUGUUCGAGAAAAAGAGAUGUUAGGACACUGUCUCUGUGGAGUGUGGGGGUUGUUCAGAGAAAAGAGAUGUUUAGGACCUGUCUGUCUGUGGAGUGUGGGGGUGUUCAGAGAAAAAGAGAUGUUAGGACACGUCUCUGUGGAGUGUGGGGGGUUGUUCAGAGAAAAUAGAUGUUAGGACACUGUCUGUCUGUGGAGUGUGGGGGUUGUUCAGAGAGAAAGAGAUGUAGGACACGGUCUGUCUGUGGAGUGUGGGGGGGUUGUUAGAGAAAAGGAUGUUAGGAACUGAGUUGUGGAAGUGGGGUUGUUCAGAGAAAAAGAGAUGUAGGACACUGUUGUGUGAGUGUGGGGGGGUUGUUGCAGAGAAAAAGAGAGUUAGGACAAUGUUGUCUGUGGAGUGUGGGGGGGUUGUUCAGAGAAAAGAGAUGUUAGGACACUGUCUGUCUGUGGAGUGUGGGGGUUUUUCGAGGAAACGUUGAUUGAAUGUCUAGGGACACUGUCUCUGUCUGUGGGCGUGUGGGGGGUGUUAUUCAGAGAAAAGAGAGAUAGGACACUGGUCUGUCUGUGGAGUGUGAGGGUUGUUCAGAGAAAAGUGAUGGUUAGGGAACACUGGUCCUGUCAUGUGGAGUGUCGGGUUUUGUUCAGAGAAAAGGAGAUGUUUAGGACACUGUCUGUCUGUUGGAGUGGUGGGGGUUGUUCAGAGAAAAGAGAUGUUAGGACACUGUCUGUCUGUGGAGUGUGGGGGGGUUUGUUCAGAGAAAAGAGAUGUUAGGACACUGUCUGUCUGUGGAGUGUGGGGGGGGGUUGUUCAGAGAAAAGAGAUGUUAGGACACUGUCUGUCUGUGGAGUGUGGGGGGUUGUUCAGAGAAAAGAGAUGUUAGGACACUGUCUGUGCGUGGCUCUAAAUAAGAGCAUCUGCUAAAUGACUAAAAUGUAAUGCAAUGGAUGCUGUUACUAGUUUGGCCACAGAUUCCAUUAGCACCCCAGUAGGCCUUGUCUGAGUGCUGUAGGCCUAUCCAGUGCAGUCAGUGCAUGACAUCAUCAUCAUCAUCAUCAUCAUCACUAGCAUUCUAGAACAAUGGGAAACAGAGACAUUAGCUUCAGGGGCGCUGUGCUGUGGCUGACCCUGUACUCUUCUCAAUAUGUGUGUGUUUUAGAGCUGUGGGGCUAGAGCAGAGCACAAUUGCAAUGUAACAGUUGCGCUAAUAAAGUUGCAUUGUAGCAGAUGUUGAAGUAUUCUACUUCCUCACUGUAGGUCUAUGUGUUGGUAUUGUAUCAGCCAGACAAUGCUCUACUUGAUUCCAUUAUAUUCUCCAUAGUCUGUUAGACAAAAGCCCUUCUCCUUUUGUCUAGGGCAGAUUACAGAAUGCACUCAUUCAUCGUUAAGAGUAGACUUAUAGAAUAAACGCAAUUGAAGCAUUUCAUGAAAUAGCUAACAUAGUUUUCAGAGUGUAUUGUUUAUAGACGAGAGCUUACUUACAAGGAUCCUCUUUUAGGAGGGAUUUUGAGAUGCUUUCAACUUUUAAUUUUAAUUUUUUCUUAGUCAUUUAGCAGACGCUCUUAUCCAGAGCGAAUUACAGGAGCAAUUUAGGGUUAAGUGCCUUGCUCAAGGGCACAUCGACAGAUUUUUCACCUAGUCGGCUCUGGGAUUAGAACCACCGACCUUUCGGUUACUGGCACAACGCUCUUAACCACUAAGCUACCUGCCGCCCCCUCCUUCAGUGGGAGAACUUGCUAUAUGGAAAUAAACCUUUAUUAACAGUGACAAUUAACAAAUGAAGUUAGUUUGAAUGCAGAGCGAACACAUUUAAUUCCUGAUAAAUCAUGCCAUUGGUGGGGGAAGGGAACGAAAGAAGAAAGGGGAAUAGACCGAAGAGAAAGAAGAGGAAGAAGAAGAAAGCGAGAAAAAUAGAAGAGAUGAGACAGAAGGAGAAGAAGAAGGGGAAAAAAGAAAAAGAGAAAGAGAGAGGGAGAAGAAGCGGGAAACAAGAAGAGAAGGGGGAAGAAGACAGGGAAAACAGAAGACAGAAAGAGAGAAAACAAGAAGAACCAAAGACGGGCGACGGGCGGAAAGCAAUGAAGUCGCCCACUCUCUUUACAUCGCCUAUCCCGCGACUUCGCUCUUCCAUUGCCGGACCAUAAGGAAACCAAGACAGACACACAACAUCAAAGGACAAGACGGGAAAGACAGGGCAAGAAAAAUGCAGAAGGACAAUACGCAGUGCAAGGCGGAGAAGGGGAACACUAAGAGAAGAAGGGAAGUGAGAAGGGAAAGACACAGGGAGAAGAAGGAAAAAGAGGAAGACAGGCAAGCCAGAGGAGAAGACAAAAAUCGAAGAGAAGGAGUCCGAAGAAUAAGAAAAACCGCAGGAUAGACGAGGGAACCGAACGCAAGAAAGAGCGUGAGCAAGAAAGGGGGACCACCUAUUUCCCCUUCCCCCCCCCCACCCCCAAAAAAUUUCCCCCCCUUUUUUUUUACCCCGACGAAGAGAGAGGCCGGGAGAAGCAGCGGGAACGCAGACGCAAGCGAAGAAGAAGAACAGGACCGAGGAAAAGAGAAGGGAGAGCAGAAGGGACAACACGAGAGGACGAAAAGCCGCGCAGAUGGAAGAAUAAGAAGGGAAGACGAGACAAAGAAAGACGAAAGGAACAGCAGAGGGCGACGAGGAACCAACAAGAAGAAGAAAGAAGGACAGGAAAAAGAAGCGAGAGACGGAGGACGCAGGGGAAAAAAGAAGACGGAUAGAAAGACAGAAGCGACAGACCACGUAACCACCUCUCUUCUCCUUCUUUACCCCCCUAGUUGUCUCCUCUUACCCCUCCUCUCCCUCUUCUCCUCUUACCCCUCCUCUCCCUCCUCCUUCCAGCUGACUCCCUGACUGUAACGUCCACUCCGCGAGGUGAGGUAACUCUCCAGUUAGGCUCCCCUCUCACUCUGACCUGUGAGGUGUCUGGUUUGGCCCCUGGGGGCCGGUCGGGCCUGCUGGUCCAGUGGAUGAGGAGGGGCGCCGUGAGCAGCGAGGACAGGGCAUUGACGGGCGGAGGGGUGGAGGUUUGUAUUGAUUAUUGUUAUUGGUUAUUAGGAUCUUCCUUUUAGCCCACUAAGGAAUUUUAUUCAAAGAGUCCUUACAGAGUUGUCCAAUUAUUGUGUGAAGUUGUCCUUUUAAUUAUGAAAUUGUAAACUGUGCCAAAUAAUUCAGCUAUUUGCUGUUGAUAGUAUGUAAUGCUUCCAAUUGUAGAUAAAACAUAUUAUUUGGAGCCAGGAAGGCUGUUGGUCAACAGUUAUAUAGGAUCAGAAAGUAAAUAAUGCUUGUUUGGCUAGUCUUUUUCCAAACACGACUAAGGUUAACCUUUCUGUCUUUCUCUAUCUCUGUCUCUCUCCUCUCCCAGGUGGAGGUGGCCAGAUACGGCCCAGAUGGGGUGGUGAGCUGGGGGGACGACUCCAGCCGGGGAGGUCGGGGUGGAGGGGGUUCCAUGGAGAAGGAGGUGGAGGGGCGGUACUCUCUCAGGUUGUUCUCUGCCCACCCAGCUGACUCGGGGGUGUACCGCUGUGCUGUGAGCGUCUACGCUGGGAGGCUUAACCCAGGGCCCUCCAGUGCUGCUACGAUCACACAGAGGUCAGAGGGGGUCACCGUCAACCUCAAGACCAAAGGUAAGAGAAAAGACAGAUACAAGACCUAAAGACUAGUUUUCCACCCUGCCUUCUCCCCACUAACUGGGCCCUAGUUCACUCCCCCUCAUGGAUUUAAAAGGAUGUAUUGGGUGUAAUGGAGAAAACUCCCUCAAUCUACUUGACAGCAAAGAAUUACACCCUUCUGGCAGAGGGGGAUCCUGGGGACUGCAGCCAGUGGCUGUCUACAAGUUAAGUCCUGUGUAGCUCAGUUGGUAGAGCAUGGCGCUAGCAACGCCAGGGUUGUGGGUUCGAUUCCCACGGGGGGCCAGGGGGGCUAGUAUGAAAAUGUAUGCACUCACUAACUGUAAGUCGCUCUGGAUAAAAGCGUCUGCUAAAAUGUAAAAUGCAAGUCAGAGUUCUGGAAGUUGCCCUGGUAAAGCUAAGAGCCUAAAACCACUUGACCUACUACGAGGCUGGGCAGUAGUUUGUAAACAAAUAUACUACAUUAACAUGAGCAUUGCCAUGACAGGUUUGAUUGAAUUAACAACCAAAUACCUAAUUGAAUUUAACCUAUGUUAACCUAAUUGAUGUACUUUUAUGCUAAUUUAACCUAAUUGAAUUGCAACCAUCUCUCUCUGUCCCUGUGUCCCUACAGAGGUGAAGGUGUCAGCAGUAGCCAACCUUCCCCGCGGCCCCCUCCUGAAGAGAGGUGACACCAUCACCCUGCUCUGCAACAUAUCUGUGGUAACCACCGGCCCCGCACAGGUGGAGGUCCAAUGGCUGCAGAGGGCGGUCCUCCCGGCCCAGGAGGGUGGGGCUACAACAGGGGGCGUGGUCAUAGAGAAGGGUGGUGACCAGCCGUCAGUAGAGGAGAAGGGGAGGGUCUUAGCCUCACUUACCUAUGAGGGCCUGUCCAGGCUCUAUAAGAACAGCAGCUCUGAGGUGAUUGGUUACAUUUAUUUGGCAGUUUAAAAAAAAUACUAUCAAGGAUAACACAAUAAAGUAUAUCAAAGAGAACACAAUUGUAAUGACUAAUAUGUGAUUGUCUUACCUACCUUAUUUGAAUGCACUGUAUUGCUCUAGAUAACAGCGUCUGCUAAAAGAAAAUGCGUCUGCUAAAAGACUGAAGUGCGUCUGCUAAAAGACUCAAAUGCGUCUGCUAAAAGACCUUUUUCCAUUGCGGUCCUUUUGGCAUACAGGUCAGCAUGGACCGGGUGUCCCCAGGCACCUACAGGCUGAGGAUCUUUUCUGCCCAGGACCAGGACCAGGGUCUGUUUGUCUGCCAGGCUGAGGUGUGGGGGCAAGACCCUCAUGGAGGAUGGUACAACACCGGGGCCAGGGCCCAGUCAGAGACUGUCAGGGUUUACUUGUACGCCAGAGGUGAGUCACUGGGUCUGUGACUGCUAGGUAUUUUACAUACAGGGAGUGACGAUUUAAUCCCUGCAGCAGACACACUCAACAUUAGUUCCUUAUACAAAGAGUGGCUCUGUGAAUCACAGAUGGUAGUCAGGAAGUGUCUGUAUGUCUCCUCUGUUUUCACUCUCCCGCUCACUGUCAUCUGGAGGCUGUUAGCCAACAGUUAUUAGGGAUCAUAGUUAGUCACCUUCGAAACAUGGCUAACCUAUCCUGUCUAAUACUGGCAUCCUGUCUAAUACUGGCAUCCUGUCUAAUCAAAUCAAAUCAAAUUGUAUUUGUCACAUGCGCCGAAUACAACAGGUGUAGACCUUACAGUGAAAUGCUUACUUACAAGCCCUUAACCAACAAUGCAGUUUUAAGAAAGGAUACCUAAAAAAAUAAGAAAUAAAGGUAACAAAUAAUGACUUAUUAUUGUUAUUAAUAAUACUGCCAUCCUGUCUAAUACUGCCAUCCUGUCUAAUACUGCCAUCCUGUCUAAUACUGCCAUCCUGUCUAUUACUCUCAAUUGUAAAGGAAACGGUUUAUGAGGAAAGCUAGUCGUUUCCAAACGUGACUAACUCAUCUCUCCCUUCCUCCCUCCCUCCCUCCCUCUCUAUCUCCCUCCCUCUCUAUCUCCCUCCCUCUCUAUCUCCCUCUCUAUCUCCCUCCCUCUCUAUCUCCUCUCUCUCCUCCCUCCUCUCUCUCUCCGCAGCGGCCGACCUGCUACUCAUCCCCUUGGUUGUGGGCAUGUCCUCUGCCUUGUUUGUGGGCGUGGUCAUUAUCGCCACGGUAACCUGUUGCUUCAUGAAGCGAUUGGCCAGGCAGCGCUCCCCAAAAUAGGAAGUAAGAAGUCACGACAAGUUCACUGAAGGGUCAUCGACGAAGAGGCAAAGAAAGGCGGGAAAAAAAGAAAAUGAGUGGGAAGUUGGACUUUAAAAAGUUUGAAAGAAAGAAAUUGGAACUCUCAGACCUACAUGAUGUCCAUGUAGAGAUGUGAAGGCUUGUGUUGGAUACACCUGGGACUGGAGAUCACAGUAAAUAAUCUAUGUGACAAAGAGUGUUUGUCUAAUCUGGGACAGUGACCAAGAGAAGAAUCUACCAGUACUGCUCCUUCAGGUCAUAUAGACGUUUGAUUGUUUCAUAUGGCACCAAACAAUUUCCAGUUGUUCAUAAUAUGUUGCAUCCAGCUUGUUUCUGUUAUAUAAACCCACAUAGAUAAUGUAUUAACUAUUUUAAGACUUCCAUACCAACCCCAACCAAACUGUGCUGGCUCUUUUUCAGCAUUUUUCCGACAACUGUGUUGGAUGUGUAACUAGGCCGGCUCAGAACAGCUUGGUUUGGCUCAGUAGUGUGCAAAGCCCUUUAGGUGUUUGAUGUGUCAACACUGUCAGAAAUGGACAAUGCUCAGCUGUCCAGUGUUGAAAUAGGUCCAAUACAAAUAUUGACUUAGAAGAGACACUGAAUGAUUAGCCCUUUUUUUUGUUAUUUCUGUUCCUUGGCAACCACCCUCUCACAACAGGGUGGUUUAUAUAUUCAUACAACGUUAGCGUUAAAGUUGUUUCUGUUAUAUUGUGUAUGGUUCAUAUGGCAUGAUUGUUAAAUGAUAUAUCAGUGUUUCCCAACUCAGGUCCUUGUGUACUACCAUCAGACAAAAACACCUGUUUCAACUUGUCAUGGGCUUGAUGAUUAGUUGA